CCAAAACUUGCAGCCGCGAGUCACACAGGGAAUGGGUCGAACAAUUCCAACAUGGCGCAUCGUGGAAAUGCGCAGGUUACCGACUUGCAGCACGCUCUUCCUGUAUGGUGUGCUCGCCAAAUUUUGAACCCCCAGUAUGGGCCAAAGUGUAGCCCUUGGUCUUCACGCUGGAUCUGGCAAAUGGAUGUUCUGCCACUGAGGGCCUUGGCAGAAGCCGAAGAACGGCUGAAAGGGGCUCUGGCCGCACUCGCUACUUUGAAGGCGACGCCACGGAGCGGUCCACGGAGCUUCAGAGAGUCUCCGUGGAGAAGUCCAGAGGCUGCACUUCAGGAUGAUCACGUGGAGACACCGACCAGAAGGUGGCAACGAUCAAAGCUGAGAGUUGGCCAUGGGCGAGGAACGCCAGACACGCUACGGGCAGUCACCCCCAGCACUCCUAGCGCCAAGAAACUGUCGUGGACAGAUUCAACGCCAAUGAAGCUGACACGCCUCCAGUCUGAGGAGUUGGCCGCGGCUUUUCGGGCCCUCGAUGAUUUGGCCUCGGCCGCCGAUGCCACGGGAAGAGCUUGGCCGGUGUGCAAAGACUUAGCCACCAAUCUUAGAAGCCAAGCAGUUGCCAAACUUGUACAGCUGCAACAGCAAAAAGAGGACGGUGUCCUGUGCUCCAAAGUCGUGGCGCAGGUGAAGGCAGAUGCAGUGGAAGGUCUGAAGUCUUUGGAGUCCCUGGGCGAAGGCGAAGCACAGCGCAGUGAUAAAAAGCCUCAGGAGUUGCGUCGUGUCCUGGGCUCCGUGGCUCGAGACAUGGAAGACACCUUGCAGGGGUUGCGAUCCAAGAGGAACGCCUGGACUGACAUCAAGUGAGGAGCGUGGG